UCAAUUCCCUGUCUCACAAUCCGAUGCCCAACAGACACAACCGUCCGGAAUUCGAAGCUGCGUAGUGAUCCCUCUAUCAGCAAAACAACGUUGAAAACGGUCCGGGAUUGGAGAAUUCACUGCUUUAACGACUGGGUUCUUGACGUGAGCGAAAUCCUUGAUUAGCUGCUCAGAUGGGUGAGAUGGCGAAGCCCGAGCUGGAGUCGACAGACAUUCGGAAUAAGUUGGAAGAUCUUUCUGGUGUCGAGAUCAAGCCUGGAGACAACCCUUACAACGCUCUGAUCAACACUUGUCAUGGUAAUGCGGCCGAGAUUCAGUCAUUAUAUGCAACCCAUCGCAUUGCCCGAAACUUGCAACAGAAAGAAAAGUUUCUAUCUCACGAGUUCAAAGAACUCAUCAUCGAUCCGUUUUUACUCCGUUUAGAGAACCCCAAGCUUGAGCCCGGAUUCAAGGACCCUCGCAACUGUCUUGUUUUCUGGGCCAGGCCUCCAGAUCACAUCAUCCGGUUGGUUGUUCAUCUUCAGCAAGCACUCAAACAGGCAGCACCCAACCUUUGGCUUAUGCCGACUCACCGGAUGCACAUGACCACGCUCGAGAUUGCCCAUUCACGAUCACCGGCAGAAAUUGAAAGUAUGGUGGCCCUCAUGCGGCCGAAACUCGCCAGUCUGACAAACAUACCCUUCACCAAGCGCGCUCGUCUGGUGAAGCCUUUUAUAUCCUAUGACCUCUCGGCAUUGGCUGUCUCGUUCUUGCCUGCGGCAGGCGAAGCGGUGCUCUCACCACCACCCGUGGCACCGCACUCAAAACACAUCAACCAUCCAGGUCUGCUGGGGAACGACACGGCGGAAAGUGACACCUAUACCUACCACCAUCUGCGUCGCGAUGUCUUUGACGAAGCAAAGUCGACUGGCGUAGAGAUCGGGUCACGUUAUGUUGUUCCCAGUGCCCACAUCACGCUGGGUCGAUAUCUCACACAGACGGACCACGAGACGCCGAAACAGCGACAGAAAUGGGUCCAAGCUAUUGAUGAUUUGAACAAGUGGCUGGAAGGUGAGGUCUGGGAUGUGCAAGAUGGAGAAUAUGUUGGCGAGUGGAUCGUGGGCCAGGAGAGGGGGUUGGAUGCUCGGAAUGGGGCCCUUUGGUAUGGUGGUGGCCGUACCAUCAUGGUUGGAGAAGGCUUCUAA